GUGCCCCCAGGGGCUGUGGCUGCUGCAGUGCCCGGGUUGGGCCAUGGCCAUGGUGCCCUGGCAGCUAUCGUGCAGGAGCAAGUGUCCCCUGGGUGGCAUUGAGCAGUGUCCAAGGGCUCGCGCUCUCCCAGCACCAGCCCCUGCAGCCCCAAAUAUAUUUAGAAAAGUGCCCAGACCAAAAAUAGAGGUAAAAUGUUUCUGCAGUGGCUGUUUCAUCUGCCAGUCACUGUGAAAGCCACCAAUGGGGCACACAGCUGCCUCAUGCCCCCAUAACCCUGCACCUAUCAAGAGACAGGCAGAGCCAGGCGGACCCAUCUGCAUCCCACUGAGGAGCCAGGGACCAGCUGGGAAGGGGCCUUGCAGCACCCACGCCACCUUGCCAAGGGGAGCUGACAGCGCGGGAGCAGUGGGCUCUGCCCCACGUGCCGGCCAACGGUGAGGGGUCCCCAUGCCACAUUGCCACCACGGUGCUCCCAGCUUGGCGGGACUGCUUUCUGCCGUAGGUCUUUGCUCCUGCUGCCCUCCCCACGACAGGGCACGGCGGCGCAUGCCAUGGGGGACUGGAGCCUGCUGGGGCGGCUGCUGGAGAAUGCCCAGGAACACUCCACGGUGGUGGGGAAGGUCUGGCUCACUGUUCUCUUCGUCUUCCGCAUCCUGGUGCUGGGGGCGGCCGCUGAGCGAGUCUGGGGUGAUGAGCUGUCUGGCUUCUCCUGUGACACACAGCAGCCCGGCUGCCAGAACGCCUGUUAUGACAGCACCUUCCCCAUCUCCCACCUCCACUUCUGGGUCCUGCAGAUCAUCUUUGUCUCCACUCCCAGCCUCAUAUAUCUGGGCCACAUCCUGCACCUGGUGCACCUUGAGGAGAAGGCACAGCAGCAAGCGGUGGCACGGGCCGUCAGCGGGGCCCGGCGGCAGCGCUCGAGGCAGCCCCGGCUCCCUGCAGGGGACAUGCGGGGACGGGUCUGCAUGCGGGGAGCCAUCCUGAGGACAUAUGUCUGCAAUGUUGUCUUCAAGGCUCUCUUGGAGGUGGGCUUCAUUGUGGGCCAGUAUGCCUUGUAUGGGUUCCAGCUGAAGCCCCUCUACACCUGCAGCCGCUGGCCCUGCCCCAACACCGUCAACUGCUACAUCUCCCGACCCACCGAGAAGACCAUCUUCAUCCUCUUCAUGCUGGGGGUGGCCUGCGUGUCCUUGCUGCUCAACAUGGUGGAGAUCUACCAUCUGGGUUUCACCAAGUGCUGGAAGGGGCCAGGCCCCAAGUCCCACGUCACCCUGCCCGGCAGCAGCAGCCCCACAGCUCCUGGCAGAACUCCCCCCAGCCUCACACCCCUGAAGAAGGGGGGUGCAUGGCUAGGGGUGGCCAGUGGGUCCCACAGGAAGGUGCGAGGGGCAGACCUGGCAGUGUGAACAGGGCCUGAUAGGAUGCUCUGCGAUGGGCAGUGCAUGGGUGGCCACAGUGGUGGCUCUGUCUCUGGGCCCUGCCAGGCUUGUGACGUGGACCCCAGAGCCGGCAUGAGAUGGGCUCCGUGAACAUGGCUGAGCCGCACCCUGUGCUCCUGGGAGCAGUGGGGCUGAGAGUAGCGCUGGGCUGGGGCCUGUCAACCCAGGGGGAGCAAAUAAAACACCUACUGCAUGUCA